AUGUCCUCUGAAACAUACAAGCCUCACCACCAAAGGGCGACGACUCUUCCAGACGCAGGUACAUUCAAAGAAGUCGCAGUGCCUUCCCCACGCCGACCCGCAACCGUCGAAAAUGCUCCGAGAGACGAAUGCACACUCGAAGUCAGUGACAAAGACUGCACGCUAGAGUUCAGUGACCGACAAUGCAAUCUCGAACUGAAUCAAUAUGUCGAUGACAAGCAAGCCGACAAACAAGCCGAGGCUGUUGGUAGCCAGGCAGACGAGAGUGCACGGCAGUCCAGUGUGGAUGGGAAAGGGGACAUUGAGUCGGACUCUGUAUCAGGAACGGUCAAACGCCGACCAUCACAUCGGCGGCAGUGGAUCAUUGCAGGCUCAGUACUUGGUGUCAUUGUUGUUCUUGUUGUCAUCAUUGUUCCUUCAGCGAUUUUUGGUACUCGGCAUGCUAGAGCUCAAAAUAGCUUACCCCAAGACAUGGCUUCUUCAUGA